GAAUAGUGCACACACUAGGAACAUGGCCGCGGCUGCAGCCCAAGAAUUCGUGUCAGGGCCACGAGUAAUACAAGCUGCACACCAGCUCCUGGACCAAUUUUCGCUGCGCCAACUGUGCGAGGCGUUAGCCACCGCCCCGGCGGAGGAUGCAGAGCCCUUGAUCUCAGCCUUGGAGGGCCUUGGCGAGAUCGAGGAGGUCCGCGCGCUCUUUGUGGAAGAGGACGUCAAAGCCUUCCUCACGCAGGGCGUCUCUGCCGGGCCUCGGUUGCGGGGUCUGGUCGCCAAGCUGCUGGCUCGCCUUGCCAAGGCAGAGGCGAUGGCAAACCGGCUUCUUGAAGCAACUCUCUUUGACUUGUGUGAGCCACUGCUCCUGGACGAGGAGACAGGGGUGGCGGAGGCUGCCGCACAAGCGGUCCUUGCCGGUGCCAAGUGGCCUGCCGGCCAGCAGGCCUUGGUGGGCGUGUCCCCCGGCACCGGGGCCAGCCUGGCAGAGCGUUUGCAGUCACGGCUGCCAGAGAUGUCUGAUGUGCCUCGGAUCCGCAUCCUGGCCCUCUUCGUGCAGCUGGGCCGGGCUUCCCCCGAGUCCUUCGCUGUGCUGGAGAGCCGAGGGGCCUUGGAGAAGGCCUUGGAGUCCUUCAUCACCGAGGACCUGCUGCUGAAGCUCAAUGCCGUGGAGCUUAUGGACGCGC